CUUCAGGCAAUUUGUAAGAUCGGUUCCAAAAGUUGAUUAUUUGACACUGCGACAUGGGUUUAUAAUGGCACAUUUGGCACCUCAAAGCCAUACGCAAUUUGACUUCCAAAAAUACAUUAAUCGCUCUCUUGAAGAGGACUUCAAAGUUGUUGUGGGAAUCAGCCCGCCAAUCUGGUUCUUUGCGGUGCUGUUUCUUCUCUCAAACACCCACGGUUGGAGGGCGUACCUGUGGCUGCCAUUCAUCCCGCUGAUCAUUCUGCUGCUGAUUGGGACGAAGUUGCAGGUGAUCAUAACGAAGAUGGCGCUGAGAAUUCAGGAGAGAGGGGAAGUGGUGAAGGGAGUGCCGGUGGUGGAGCCCGGUGAUGACCUCUUCUGGUUCAACCGCCCUCGCCUCGUUCUUUACCUCAUCAACUUUGUCCUCUUUCAAAAUGCCUUCCAAGUCGCCUUCUUUGCCUGGACUUGGUAUGAAUUCGGGUUGAAAUCUUGUUUCCAUGAGCACCUGGAGGACGUGGUGAUCAGAAUUUCAAUGGGGGUGAUUGUACAAAUCCUUUGCAGUUAUGUUACUUUGCCUCUUUAUGCACUGGUCACUCAGAUGGGUUCAACAAUGAAGCCAACCAUAUUCAAUGAGAGGGUGGCAGCGGCUCUUCGCAAUUGGUACCACUCGGCUCGAAAGCAAAUCAAACACAAUCACGGUUCGAUCACCCCGUUAUCGAGCCGACCUGCCACUCCGACUCACCACAUGUCGCCGGUCCAUCUCCUACGACAUUACAAGAGCGAGGUAGAUAGUCUCCACACGUCGCCGAGAAGGUCUCCUUACGACGCUGAUCGAUGGGACAAGGACAACGACUCGCCCUCCCCCUCUCGACAUGCUGAUGGUUCGUCUUCGUCACAGCCACACGUCGAGCUGGGUGCCUUGGACAGGGAUCCGGUUGAACCCGGUUCGGUUCAUUUGGACCCGAUUCAGCAACCGCGAACCCGCACUCAGCAUGCGAUCGAUAUUGGUGGCCACAAGGACUUUUCCUUUGAUAGAGUUGAAUGAAACGGUGUCGUUUUGUAUGAAACUGACACGUUCGUCAGAGAGAUUAAUCCAGGCCGUUCAUCUCAACUUCUUAAACUUGUACAACAUUCUGCUUAGAAUUUUUUAUUUUCUUUUUACUUACAAAUUUAGUAGGAAGGAGUGUAUUAUAUGUAGUGUAAGAAUGAUGAUAUCAAGGUUAAUUUAAAUAUUAGCUAUAGUUUCAUUCUUUUAAA